CUCAAUUCUCAAAUAUAAAACCCCUCCUCCUGCGUUAGGUUGUACGAAGCAGUCAAGCGCCAUUAGCGUAACACAAUAAAUCAGGGAGUGUGGAUUAUGAGAAAGUUUUUUUUUUCUGCAGGUUGAGACGUUGACAAAAACAUGGCUAAGCAUCAUCCUGACUUGAUCAUGUGCAGGAAGCAGCCAGGAAUAGCUAUUGGCCGUCUUUGUGAGAAAUGUGAUGGCAAGUGUGUUAUCUGUGAUUCUUAUGUGCGUCCUUGCACAUUGGUACGAGUUUGUGAUGAAUGCAACUAUGGUUCUUUUCAGGGUCGUUGCGUGAUCUGUGGAGGUGUAGGUAUAUCUGAUGCUUACUAUUGCAAAGAGUGUACUCAGCAGGAGAAAGACAGGGAUGGUUGUCCUAAGAUAGUCAAUCUUGGGAGUGCUAAAACCGAUCUGUUCUAUGAACGUAAAAAAUAUGGUUUCAAGAAAAGAUAGUAUGGGUUUUCUUGUUUAGCUCUCGCCAUAAUAUACCAGGACUAUUGUGCAAGUUUGACACCAUCACAAUCUUUAGCAUUCACUCUAUGCUUCUUGGCAUCGGGAGUUUAACUUUUUUUGUACCAGAUGAGAUAUUAUUACUUGUAUUUUCUGUAGCAACAUCUUGUUUAGGCUUAAAGUAAAUGUUGAACAUAAAUGUCUUGUUGUUUGGAUGGUUGGUGAAGCAGGGAUUUCUUUCAGAAACUAUCUUAAAACUUUGAUGUGGAGUACAUUUUUACUUAUGUUUGACAGAAGUAAAAACCAGAGUAGAGGCCCAAUUUCA